GUCGGACGGCGGGAGGCGGUUUCCGCAGGGUCCAGUCCCGGAAGCACCGAGUUAGAGGGGAGCCCCUGGCCCCAGGAGGAGGGGAGGGUGGGAGCUCCUCUCUUGGAGUCCCCGGGUUUGGUCGCCGGGAUGUGAGCAAGCCGAAGAGGCCGCGGCUGGUCGCAGGUGGGUGUGGUGGGGCCGCCCGAACUGCAGGGACCCGCUCCGCGCACAGUGGCUGAGAGCCCGCCUCUUCUUCUAGGGGCUGAGGAUCCGGCCUCUCGGCAGCACCAUGCCCUUCCCUCCGGUGCCGCCGCAGACCGCCCAAGCCGCGCGCCACUUACCCCGGAGGCCCUGCGCCGCGGGGGACAAGAAGAGGCCCCCACAGCGGCCCGAGGGGCCCCUCUCCAGCUCCUGGCCCUCCGCCACCCUCAAGAGGCCGCCGGCCCGGCGCGGCCCCGGCCGGGACAGGACGCAGCUGCCGGCCCCUCUGGGCGUCUCCCCCCAGGCCUCGCCCUGCCGCGCGCUGGCCCCAGCCACGUGCGCCCCGCCCCGGCUGGCCGGCUCCGGCCACAGCCCGGCGAGGACCACCUACGCGGCGACCUCGGCAGGGACGGGGACCACCGCCGCAGGGACCUCCUCGGGGACUGGGGCCGGUCUCGACACCGCUGCGCUCUUCUCCCUGAACCUCACCCCCGAGGCCGUCCUGGUCAUCCAGAGGCGUCAUCUGGAGAAGCAGCUGCUGGCGCGGCCUCGCAGGCCCUUCCCCUCACCCUCGGCCGAACCCAGGCGCCUACUCACUCCCUGUCCCCGGGCCAGGGCCGCGGGCCUGCGGAGGGGCGGCCCCGCCAGCGACCCCGACGCGUCCCCAGCCGCUGGCCUGGGCCGCCGCGACCCUCCGCCCCGCGCCCAGCUGCUGUCCGGCGGCCUGCAGGUUCCCCAGCUCAGCCCGCGGUCCGGGGCCCUGCGCCCGAUGCUCAAGGUGUCGCUGCUCAACGAGCGGCACAGGUACGACGACGUGGAGUACGAGGAGGAGCCGGAGGCGGUGGACGAGGGCCUGGUGCGCAAGUGCACGGAGUGGCUGCGCGGCGUGGAGUCGGCGGCCGCCGCGCGGGGCCGGGCCGGGGCCCUGGACUCACGGCGGCACCUGAGCACACUGUGAGCCCAGCGGUCCUGCGGGGACAGGCCAGACCUGACCCCACAUCACCUGCACGCACCACUCCGCCUGGGGACCCUCGGGGGAGACCGCAGGCUCCUCUGGCCGCCAGCGCCCACUUCCAGGACACCCGUGAGCAAGCUGGCCCGCGUGGGGUGCAGCCAGACUCGCCCGACGGCCACCCCCCUCCUGCCCUCACCAGCAGGCAGCCCCGGCCUUUCUCGUUCAUACUGGUGGUAUCUACCCCGGAAGCUCGCCUAUGCCCCACUCUGGCCUCCUUUUGGCGUCCCCGAGUGUCCAUGCAGUUCGUGGGGAAUUAAGCAACUGAGAAAAUGCCUCUCGACGCCCCCAGCCCCAGGGUUCGUCUCGGUCCCAGAGACCCUCUGCCUGGAGGUGGGCCUUCCCCAGGGCGACAUCUGCACCCCCUGCGGUGUCACCCUCAGCCGUUGCCGGGCACCCUGGACAGUGCGGUGGGCGAUGGCCCAGGGUAGGUGGCCGCGACGGUGGCCUCCUGCAGAGCUGGGACCCGGUGCUACAUUGGUGAUUUUGUUUUCUCCCAAGUCGGAAAAAUGUUGAGGGUAUUAGAAAUCCCUGAAACUCAGUUAACCGAAUUUCCAGUCGCCAAAGCGGAAGGGUAGGCAUCGCCAGGCGCUGGUGAACCCUGGUCAGUGAGCGCUUCCGUGGAAACCGCUUGGCUGAUUACAUGUUUUCUGUGUAUUAUUUGAAUAGAGAGUAAAGCUCCUCUGCUGUUUCCUAACCAUACCCUUUCCCCCGCUCACUGGAGGCUGAUUUCUACAUAUUUCUUCCAUGUAUCUGAGAAUAUCUAACUCGAAGGAUGAGAAGGAAAUAAAAUGUUAUAAUCAGAUAAGGCUGGUUAUAGAAGAGUAAUGUAUUACCUCAAGUUUUGACUUACUUUGUAAAAGCCAAUAACUGGUUUAAUGUUUAUCUUGACAGACUUUAAAUGUAUCAAGUCCUAAUUGUAUUUUAAAUUGAAGCCUUACGUUUUUAAAA